AUGGCAGAGUUACACACCAAGCAGCUUGAAGAAAAGCUAGCCCGCUACAAGAGGAUAAUGAAUGAAUGCCCUCGUUGUAAGGCAGCUUUGGCGUCAGAGGAGAAAGAAGAUGCCACACCAUCAGCUGUGCCGCCUGCCUCAGCUGGCUCAUCGCGUCAAAUUGGUCCAAAAGCAUCGUCCACCGCCUCAGCUCUCUCGCCUAAAGAGCCGGUCCCUACUACCCGACAAGGUAGAUCGAAUCAAUCAUCCAAGCAAGCCACGUCAACGUUUCGGCCUAUACCGUCACCAAGCAGUAUCGAUGAUGUAAGUCCAAUUCCUUCAAUACCUGGAUCUUCCAGUCGCUCCAGGGAAAUUGCUUCAGGUCCACCGCUAAAUACGAGGCGUCCGCCGACCCGGCUAUCCAAUCAGACCAAUGUAGGGGCUGUAUCCUCUCCAUUAGCCAGCGCCUCUACACAGCAGCCUUUGACAGCUCACUCUCUUAAUUUCCGACCUACCUCUCUCAAACCAUCAACUAGCGAGGUAGAUACUCUAGAAAAAGAUGCCAAUGGGCAGAACUCGAACAGACCAAACCUCAGUAGGUUGGGUAGCAAUACUGGAAGACCCCGAAACGACCCACACAAGCAGGCAGUUUGGAUAGGUUCCGCUGACAAGAUGCUUGGAGAGGUACCACUGGGAUGGGUAUGGAAUGGGAAUCUUUCACAACUGGACAAUUCUAUGCUCGCUGCGGUAGUGAUACACGCAUCCGCUGUCCAAGGUGAUAUGACUAGCGCGACGGAUGAAACAGGAAACAAAGAUCACCUCCUAAGGCUAGUACGCGGCUUCGCUCAUCGACAUUCAGGCAAGAGGGUCAAUUUCCAACAUUUCCUGCUCGUCUGUCUCUGCAAUGUCUUAUCGGUCCGAAACAUUCCACAAGAUUCAAUAGUGGAGGCACUGCAAAUCUGUAUUAGCGACACCAGCGAGAGAAAUAUUGGCAGAUACCUCAAGGGUGCCCAAUGGGUAAAUAGGAUCAUGGACAGGCUCUUUUUCACGGGUUGGCGCUACCGUGCUAUUGACCUCGUGGUGAUAUGGGAUCGUUCUGUCGCCAUGUAUGGCACGUUCGCAUCGUCAGCUUCGACUAGCGACUAUUUCCUCUCCCAUCUCACGCGAUCAGAAUACUGCGAAGAUGUUCAAGAAAUACCGAAUCGAGUCCAUGAUACGAUGCCAUGGAUUGUGAAGAAAGAAUUUGGCGAUGAAGUAUCUGACAACUACAUAUUGGAGACCAAGCAUCUACAUUCGAGUGCUCCGCCAAGUCCACACUCCAAUUCCCGCUCCUUGGACGACGCAGGCUCUACAUCGCGGAGUCUUUCGUUUCAUACCGCGAGGCAAUCGACAACUAGUCCCUCCACUCUUCAGAAACCUGGACCACCAGACAAGACGCCUUCCGACAAAGUUCUCAGCGAUGCAUACUUACAAGAGUCGGCCCUGCGACACGGGCGGCUCUUCCCGAGUAGUUAUCCUGAUGAGGCAGCCGGUAAACAUCCACCAACAAGCCAAAGCGUAGCGUCUCCAAGAACAAAGCAAAUGAUCCCAGACCGAUCUGCCAAACCAUUGGGAGACCCAGAUGGUGCGAGACGACGAAGAAAUCCGUCCGAUUAUCCAAGCGUCACGGAUCUCCCUGUCUCUACCUCACUCAGAGAAAGCGCUCCACGUACACAGAGCACGAAACGACCGCUUCCAGGCUCACCUCCAACAGCUUCACAGCCAACCAAUACUACAAGGCGGCGCCAGCACCCAAUGGAAAGAUCCAGUCGCGAGGAAAUGGGACGUCCAUCCCAAUCAGAAAAGAAAGGUUCGAAAGAUCGGAGAGGUCGCGCCUGA